AGUGUCAACCGAAUUUAAUCUUCAUACCUCGAGUUGCGGUAAACUGCUGUUCUCGCGGCCCAAAUGAGAGAAAGUGGCCUGUUCCAACAUUCUUCUUACGUGUCUUUCCUGAUUCUGAGCUGGAAUUAUUGAGCAUUUUCGGGUAAUCAUUAACCAGACCAGGAGAAUAGCCUGAGUGUAGCUCGUGCCUGCAGACUGGCAGACAAGGGAACAAGUCGAUGAAAGGAGAUCACCAUGACACACCGACUAUUUGAAGAAAAGGAACAUGCUUCUGUCUACCAAAAAUACCGCUUUGUCCCACCAGAUGAGGUGAAGGAGAUAAUUCAUGAGUACAUUGACAAAAAGAAAGGACGGCCUCACAUACUGGCUGUGGAUCUAGGCUGUGGAACAGGACAGAACACCCGUCUGCUUUCACCUAUUUUUCAGGAGGUGGUGGGCAUUGAUGUUAGUGAAUGCCAGCUGGAGGAAGCUAGGGCAGUGCCAGGUUUUACUAACCUCACUUACAGACAGGGCACCGCAGAGGAGCUGCCAUUCCCAGAUGGAUCCGUGGACCUGCUGACAGCCGCGUCGGCCGCCCACUGGUUCGAUCAGGAGCGUUUCCUGAAAGAAGCUAAUCGGGUCCUGAAGCCACGCGGCUGCAUUGCUCUUCUGGGCUACACUGACUCUUUUGACUUACACUUUGGCUCCUGUGGGGAGAGGCUGAAUCACAUAUUUGAAGAGGUGUUAAAGGUGCUGAGGCCGUACACCAGUGAAAGAGUGGCAGUGGCCAACACUAAACUACAGGGAUUGUACAAUGCCAUUCCCUUCCCAGAAAAAGAGAGGAUUGAGCAGAUUCCUGUCAAACAUCAGACCUCUGUGAAGAACGUAGUGGGGUUAAUACAGUCUUUCUCCAUGUAUCAAGCCUAUCAAAGAGCAGAACCUGAAGCUGCAACUGUUCUGCUACAGAGGACAAUGACACGGUUCCUAGAAGAGAUGGGCGUCUCUUCCCCAGAUACAAAAAUUGAAGUCGGACUGAACUAUUACUGUGUACUAGCAUGUAAAUCACAGUGUUAAGUUUCAGAAUCAAACAAAUGUUUUAUUUGAACGCAUUCCAACGUAAAUCAGUUUCCCACUGUAGGAAAAGAAAACUGAUAGUAGCAUGCAUCGUUUAUUUUGUAUGUUGUCUAAUGACACUAAUAAGAUCUGUCUUAGGAAAUAAAAAAUAUGUUUCUAUAAAGCUUAUUUCUGAGAUCACUCCGUGAGCUCUGAGCUACGUCAGUGGUUGUGCUUAUUGGUCAUGUUCCAUUGCCAGAAACUGUACAGAGCAUUUGUUGCAUUUAUAAUGUUGCAUUUCUCUUACCCUGAUCUAAUACGUCAUGAUAGACUAAGCUGGUCAUUUCACUAUUUCUAUUUGUCGGGUGGCAGUUAGAGGCGAGACUUUAUAAACUGUGACACAUGAACUAAUAAAAAAUAAAAAAGAAAAGAAAAUGCGCCAUUAUUAUUGCUGUUUACAUCCUGCCUUCAGCUGAUGCUGAUGCGGUGUGUGAUGUCAUCAAUUCAGUCACUGACAGACUACUAACGCGACACCCAAAUGCAUUCAUAGCAAUUUCUGAAGACUUAAACCAUACUUGCCUCUCUGCCACAGUUCCAACUUUUCAGCAAUUUGUCAAUUGCCCCACCAGAGACAAUAAAAUGUUGGAUUUACUUUA